AUGGACCUGCCAUCUUUACUGCUCUGCGUCCUGCUGCACGUCCUGGCCGUCCACUGUCAGACGGCUCGGAUCGUGGGAGGCUACGCUCCGGUGCCGUACUUCAUAAAGUACAUGGUUUCCAUCCAGACCAUGCAGAGGCAGCAUCGGUGUGGGGGGGCGCUUAUCAACAAGUACUGGGUCCUCACCGCCGCACACUGCAACAUCGGGGUGAACAAGAUGAUGAUAGUAGCAGGAGAUUAUUCUCUGGCCAUCUAUGAAGGCACAGAGCAACAAAUCCUGCCCCAGCUGCUGGUGCCCCACCCCGGAUACAACAGCAACAACACUGACAGCGACAUCAUGCUUAUCAAGCUGAAGGCUCCGGUCUACCUGAACAGCUACGUCUCCAUCGCCCUGCUGCCCCGACAUGGCGCCUCCAUCGCGGAGGGCCGUAUGUGCCGGGUGUCAGGGUGGGGUUACACCAGCCCCACCGGGGGUCAGAUCCCCUCCACCCUGCGCACCGCCACGCUGCCCAUCGUCUCCUCAGAAACAUGCAACAGCAGCGAGUCGUUCGCCGGCAGAAUCACGGAGAACAUGAUCUGCGCAGGGUUCAGCACCGGGGGGAGGGACGCCUGUAAGGGGGACUCCGGGGGUCCUCUUGUUUGUGAGGGCCGGAUCUACGGCCUGGUUUCUUGGGGCAAGGGGUGUGCGGACCCCCAGUAUCCUGGAGUCUACACAGCCGUGUCCAAGUUCCGCAGGUGGAUAGACAACACCAUCUUCAGCUACUACAGCCGCUGCACACGAGAGUGACGGCGCUACUGACAUCCAAUCACACAUUAGGUCUUCAUUUGAAUUCUGUCAUGUAUUUGUUUGAAUAGUUGAUAUUUCUGGAACAAGUUGAGGCUUUAUGUGCCGGGUAUUUGCUGGUGCUAAGCUAAGCUAGCUACGUAUCAGCUGCUUGAUUACUGGUGUCAUUAAGGGGUGGGAUGUCAGCCUUCAGAGGCCACCGAACCACUGCCCAUUUAACUCACCUGAGAACAUUAACAGCGGCUGACAUCAUUCAAAGUAGAAUAUUUCAUCAUGGCUGUUGUUGAUCUGUUUAAAGCAGAAACUCAACGAGCGAAGCAUGAUCCACCAACUUCCUGCGGAGGCCGUCAGGUGCUAACGUGCUACAACAACCCAGACCUCUUCCACCAGGAGGAACGAGCAGCAGAUAUCAAAUCAAUCCUGAACGUCACCAACCGGUCCCCAGCUGUGUGCGUCUCUCUUUAGUGUCCCCUGGUCUCCAGCUGUGUGCGUCUCUCUUUAGUGUCCCCUGGUCUCCAGCUGUGUGCGUCUCUCUUUAGUGUCCCCUGGUCUCCAGCUGUGUGCGUCUCUCUUUAGUGUCCCCUGGUCUCCAGCUGUGUGCGUCUCUCUUUAGUGUCCCCUGGUCUCCGUUGUGUUGGAGCUUCUUGCAGCGUUUGGUUUCUGCAGCUUUUAGUAAACUGCUCAUGUUUCCUCUGCUGAAUGUUCUCUAGAUGCUGCAUGUGUUGAAGAGCUGCUGCAGAUGUUCCUGCAUGAGGUUUGAUUUGAGUUUCUGUUUCUGCAUCCUCUCUGAAGCUGUUCCUCCUGAUGGAGGAGUUCUGGACAUAGAAGCGCAUUAGCAACUGUCGGCCUCAGUCAUUUCCCUCUGGCUAAAUUAAAAGGACACAUUAACCACAUUAACCACAUCAUCAAGAAUGAGGUGCCAUAUUUUA